UAAAAAUGUAUAAAAUGCAUAGGGGUGCAAUACCGUUUAGCUCACUCGGAGGCAGUGUUACAAACCGCUCAGUGAAGACAGAAGGAGUAAAAUUGUUAUUUGUCCUCCGUGAAGCACACGCCGAGAGGACGACUAAACUGUUUAUCCGAAUAAGCUUUAUUUUCCAAACAGAAACAAUGACCGAGCCGCAGGUCAACCCAAAGGCGUAUCCGCUGGCGGACGCCACUUUAACUAAAACUAUACUGGAUCUGGUCCAGCAAGCGUCCAACUAUAAACAGCUGAGGAAAGGAGCUAAUGAAGCCACUAAAACUCUCAACCGUGGGAUCUCAGAGUUCAUAGUGAUGGCUGCUGACGCAGAGCCGCUGGAGAUCAUUCUUCAUUUGCCGCUGCUGUGUGAGGAUAAGAACGUCCCUUAUGUGUUUGUGCGCUCCAAGCAGGCCUUGGGCCGAGCAUGUGGGGUGUCCCGGCCUGUAAUUGCCACCUCUGUCACUAUAAAGGAGGGAUCACAGCUGAAGCCUCAGAUCCAGUCUGUGCAGAUGGCUAUAGAGAGACUGUUGGUCUGAUUGAAGCUUGGGGAACUAGACUAAAUGCCAGCUAAUGCUUUUUUUGCUUUUUGAAACAGUGAGAAGUGUUUGUCAUGUUUUAAUUCAGAUAUCCUUCUGAAUAUCAUUCAGAUAUAAUUUAUAUUUCAGGUGUACUGUUCACUUUGAUAUGAUGUACACAUUGCUAAGCUUUAUGGCUUGCGUGGUUUUUAAGUUUGACUUUUUUUUUUUUUACUUUUGUAAUAUUUGUCGAUCUACACAUUUUCUGCAGAAACUAUUUUACAUGCUUGUAAUAAAUGAAAUGUUCACCUAAACUGUACAGUUACUUAAAAUUCAGUGAAGUGUCCUAAUUCCUUAAAAUAGUGUUUUAUUUCUGUGAAGUAUAUAUUGAAGUAUAUACAGUACAGACCAAAGGUUUGGACACACCUCAUUCA